AUGGCGCCUGCGAUCUUCAAGAACAUGGUGCUGGCAACAGCAGGGCCCCUACCCGGCCAAUUCACAGAGGAGAAUCUAGCUACGUGGAUCAAGCAACGCAAGGGUCAGUUCGUAAAGGACAUGGAUCAAUCUAUCACUCAUCUACUUUGCACAGAUGAGCAAUACAAGGCACGAAAGAAGAUCAAGAGAAUUAAAGAGGCCCAGCAAAAAGGCAGUCGUAUCCGCGUCGUGCAUUACGACUGGUUCGAAUUCUCGUGCAACCGUAACAAGAAGCUUCCGGAGAAGGAGUACUACUUUGACAACCUACUUGCAGAGGAGAGAGCUAAGCGCAGAAAGCAACUCGCCAAAGCCAAGUCUCAGCGAAACCUGGCGAUCGGUGAGCACUGGAUCAAUCCAGAUUUAUAUCGAGUCUUUGCGGAUGUUUGUCCCUUUGAGUAUCAGGUUGAGCUCUUCCGCAUCUUCACAGACAAUUUUGGCACGUGCGAGGAGAAAUACGUUCUCUAUCUCUUCCAAUCUUUUGCCAAACCCACUCUAUACUGGUUUGGUGUCAAGUACUACAAGAAGGACGACGGAAAGAGGUGGAUGUUGAAGGCCAUCAACCGACCGUCGCCCUGUUCCCGCCCCUUUCACACUGAAUUCGACAAGUUCAAAGACUUCUUCAGGCUCAAGACCGGUAUUGCCUGGCACGAGCGUAUCACCAAGGCAGGCACGACCGAAAGUACCUUUUUCCAGUACACACCACCCACGGGAGGCAAGCCCGUUGGCAAAGGAUUGACCAGAGGAAGAACACAUGAAGAUUGCCUUGAGUUGAAUCGUCAACUACGACGAAUGCACAACGAUUUAUUUGGUGACACGCAGACAAACAGCGAGAAGAACCCGUCAAUGAUUGAGGGCCCAAAGACUCAAGAUCCUGCUCAAGAGUGUGACCAGAAUAGCCACCAAAGCGCCAGCGACGCAACGGAUGUGGGAACCAUGAAUCAAGACACGGCCGAACAAGAGUUGCUUGAGCUGCUCAAAGACAAAGGCAUCGAAGACGCCCUGGACCGAACUCUUUAUUCUGUGGCUCAACACCAUCAGAGCACAUACAGCGGUUACCAUAAUGAAGCCCGUUCGCCAGACAAGACGAAGCUUGAGAUACCUCAACCCAGAGAUGCUCCUCUAUUCAAGCCCGAUCAACUCUUGUCUGACAAAAACUCAGCCACUCAUAGCUCCUUCAGUACGGUUGAGAGUUUCAGGAGCCCCAGUGUGCCCACUUUCGACGAGGCUGUUAUCGGGACGGACGCUGCCCAGGCACAAUUGAUCCAAGAGUCUAUCGACCAGGCCGCCAAAGAUGCCAACGGUGAAGAAGGCCAGUCAGUUUCUGAAAGAAGUCAAAAAGAUGGCGGAGUCGACCUUGACGAUUAUCCCUCUGGCAGACAACAGGCUGCCUCUGACAAGAGCAAAUCAAUUGAUGUGCUGCUCAAGGCUGCCAAUGCUAGCCAAGCGGUUCGGGAUAUCUUGAGCAAGACCGAGUUUGCUCGUGUCAUGGGCGAACUUGAUGACUUGCCCAUCGAACAGGUCAAGGCUCGUGACUUCUCUCAGGACCGGGAGCCGGUGAAAAGCCACACGAUCGUUGAGCCAGACUAUCUCGAGAUUCCUAGCGAUGACGUUGAGGAGAACCCUCUGAGCCGAGUGAAGUUGCAGCCCUGCGACAGAGCCAGAAUCAGAGAAGCUUUCGAGCACAUGACCUGGUCGCAGAAGCGCAAGAGAGACACCGGCAAGGACAUGGCUGCCUUUCGCACUCCUGAGAGUGCUGGCACCUUCAUGGGCGCAAGCGAGGUCAGGGUGGUCACCAAGCGGGUCAAGAAGGCCGCGAAACACAAGUCUGAGGCUCGCCAUAUCACGAAGGCGAUGCGAGAAACCGCAGGUGCUGAGAUUAUGCAGGAGGGCACCUUACGGCCUCUGAGUGAAGAACAAGUCGCCCAUAUCUUCAGCCAGCCCAUCCCACAGCCUGGAGGCAAAAUCCCCAGCAGCAGGACUAUCAGCAUGGAAUUGAGCCUGGAUGACGUGUCAGGUAUGGUUGAUGAGAUGUUUGGCGUCAGCAAGUUCGACGACGGUAGCGACCUCAUGACUGAAAUGCACGGCGAGCGCCCUUGGCCUGCUGGCCAUAACCCUGCCAGCCCCGAGGAUGACCCUGCCCACACGAACGAACCCGUCGAGGACUUCGACACUCGAGCCCCGAGCUUCAAGGAUAUGUCCGCCAAAACUGCGGCUCGUGGCAGCAGCGGUAUCGAAGUGCACUGCUUCAUGGACCAAGAGACCGGCGAACACCGCAGUGGUACCAGCAUGGCUCUUUCGAACAAUGAGUCUUCGGCAGAUGACGACUACGUGCUCUCCCAAGGACUGAACACUGCCAUGCAGACAGACAUAUCUCCUGCCGACGAAGCCAGCAACUUGAUUCAGUAUCGACAGAGCGCGCCCCGGACUGAAGCGUGCUUUGCACCAUUCGCUGAAGAGGAGUUGAUGUUUCAAUCAUCAGAUCUGCACCCCGACGUCUCGGCACACUUCAAGCCGAAGACGAACUGA